AAAAAUUCAAGAUCAAAUAAAUGAAACUGAACCAGAGAGAGACUUGAGGUUAACACGUCAAGAUAUGGCAGUGUUCUUCAUCUUGGUCUUGGUCUUUUUCUUCCUUGUCUUCAGAUUCAUCUACAGUAAUAUAUGGGUUCCGUGGAGAAUCCAAUCUCACUUCAAGAAGCAGAGCGUGACGGGUCCUAGUUACCGGAUAUUCAGUGGAAACUCCGGCGAGGUUAGCCGGCUAACGGCGGAGGCGAAGUCAAAGCCGAUUCCUUCCGGGAGAAAUCCUCAUGAGUUCGUCCACCGUGUGGCGCCUCACUACCACGAAUGGUCACGUGUCUACGGGAAGACGUUCCUCUACUGGUUCGGGUCGAAACCUGUGGUGGCUACGUCGGAUCCAAGACUAAUCCGGGAAGCUUUGACGACGGGUGGGUCGUUUGACCGAAUUGGGCAUAACCCUUUGUCUAAGCUGCUUUAUGCUCAAGGUCUUCCUGGUCUUAGAGGUGAUCAAUGGGCUUUCCAUAGAAGAAUCGCCAAACAAGCUUUUACAAUGGAGAAACUCAAGAGGUGGGUGCCACAAAUGGUAACAAGUACUAUGAUGUUGAUGGAGAAGUGGGAAGAUAUGAGAAACGGAGGAGAAGAGAUUGAGUUAGAGGUACACAAAGAGAUGCACAAUUUGUCUGCAGAAAUGUUAUCAAGAACAGCUUUUGGGAACAGCGUGGAAGAAGGGAAAGGAAUCUUUGAAUUGCAGGAGCGUAUGAUGCGUCUUUUUUAUCUGGUUCGAUGGAGCGUUUAUAUCCCAGGAUUCAGAUUCUUUCCUUCGAAGACGAAUAGAGAGAUAUGGAGAAUUGAGAAGCAAAUCCGUGUUUCUAUCUUGAAACUGAUCGAAAACAAUAAAACAGCUGUUGAGAAAUCAGGAACUCUGCUUCAGGCUUUUAUGUCUCCUUACACAAAUCAGAAUGGUCAAGAAGAGAAGCUUGGGAUAGAAGAAGUUACAGAUGAAUGCAAAACGUUCUACUUUGCAGCUAAGGAAACAACUGCUAACCUUAUGACGUUUGUUUUAGUCCUCUUAGCUAUGAACCAAGAAUGGCAAAACAUUGCUCGGGAAGAAGUCAUAUGCGUUCUCGGACAAACCGGGCUUCCUACUCUAGACAUCUUACAAGACCUCAAGACUCUAAGUAUGAUAAUCAAUGAGACUCUCCGGCUCUACCCUCCAGCAAUGACAUUAAACCGUGACACUCUUAAAAGAGCUAAGCUAGGAGACCUUGACAUCCCUGCAGGAACUCAACUCUAUUUAUCAGUAGUCGCGAUGCACCACGAUAAAGAAACAUGGGGAGACGACGCAGAGGAGUUUAAUCCGCGUAGGUUUGAAGAUCCUAAGAAACAAUCAGCUCUGCUUGUACCGUUUGGGUUAGGGCCUAGGACUUGUGUGGGACAGAAUCUUGCUGUGAAUGAGGCUAAAACUGUUCUGGCUACGAUCUUGAAGUAUUACAGUUUCAGGUUGUCUCCAAGUUAUGCUCAUGCUCCUGUUUUAUUUGUGACGUUGCAGCCUCAAAAUGGUGCUCAUCUUCUCUUUACUAGGAUAUCAAGUUAAAAAAUACCAAGAUUGGCUGGUAUUAUGGUUUCCGGUUUUCUCCGGUUUUAAUGUAAUUCGGUUCGGUAUUUGAAUGAAAAGGCUAAAAUGGUCAAAGCAAACAAUUAUUUUUAUAUUAUCAAACCCUGUUAUCUU